AUGUCUGACGACGAAGCCGACCCUGAACUACUGGCCCUCCUGCGGCAGUCCCUAGGCUUGGGUGGACAUGGACAAGCCCCUGCACCACCGUCCACGGGCGUCCUGGAGUCGGCAGAAUUCAUCUGCGACAACGCCAUCGACGUCGCCAUCUCCAGCGCCGGCACCAAGAAAGCAGCAGAGCACAUCUACCAGCUCAUGCAAUCGAAAAGUUACUCCACGGGAACAUGGUCAACGCACGAGCUCCACCCUAAACUCUCCGAAUCCAGCGAGGAGGAAACGCUGAAUUUCAUCUUCACCAUGAACCUCCUGAACUUCUCAUUCUGGUCCGAGCUGCCUGAGGGCGAGAGGUUCGCGGUUGAGUACAAGGGUCGGAGGUGGACGGGAUAUUGGUCUCUCAUCGCCGUACUACAGAGAGGCUUGAACGAAGGCAAUGCCAUUACCAGCCCGGACUUUUGGCAGGAUCGUGAUGCUUGUCCGGAUAGUGUCUUGGAAUAUAUCUUCCGGUCUGCCACGCAGGAACCGAUACCGUUGCUGAGCGACCGGAUCGCCAUCCUGCGCGAAGCCGGCUCAGUCCUCUACGAGCACUUUGGGUGCAGGCCAGCGAACAUCAUCCGCCGCGCGGACGGAUCGGCGGCGGCCUUGGUGAACCUGCUGGUUCAAUACUUCCCCAACUUCCAGGACGUCGCCUCUUUCCAGGGGAAGGAGGUCCGCCUGUACAAGCGCGCCCAGAUCUUCGUGGCAGAUGUCUGGGCCUGUUUCCAGGGAACCUCGUACGGCGCCUUCUCCGACAUUGACAAUUUGACCAUGUUCGCCGACUACCGCAUCCCACAAAUGCUACAGGGGCUGCACUGCCUGCUGUACUCGCCUCGGCUGGAAUCCCGGAUCUCCCGACGAGAGAUGAUCACCGCGGGAGAGGACAUGGAAAUUGAGAUCCGAGGCUGCAGCAUCUGGUGCGUCGAGCUGAUCCGGCGCGAAAUCUUGCGCAAGCAUCCCGAGGCCAAGGGCAAGGUCAACGCCAUUCUGAUAGAUUUCUUUUUGUACGAUACAUGUAAAGAGAUGGAGAGUGCCGGCGAGAUAGAGGAGUUGUUGGCACAUCACCGCACGAGGUCGAUCUUCUACUAG